AUGGCUUCGUCGGUACAAAAUCUCGAAGAUCUAACUAUUACAUGGCUUGAUGUUGAUCGGGUUCAUGAGAAUAUAGAUGAUUAUUUGGAAACAAAAACUCGUUUACGUCAAUGUAAUAACUAUUUAGAAAUAUACAAUGAUGAAAAUGAAUGUAUUCAAGGUAUCAUCGCAAAUGAAAAUGUUUUUCUAAUAGUUUCUGGUUCAAUUUUCGAAACAUUUAUCCCACGAAUCGUUAACUUCAAACAGAUUAUAUUUAUUUAUAUUUUAUAUUCGAAUUCUAAUUUUAGUGGCACAAAUCAGCUAAAAGAUAUUUUAAAACUUCGUGGAGUAUUCUCAGAUAAAAAUGAUCUCAUUGAAAAAUUAAAAAAAGACAUUAAGCUUCAUUUGAAAAAUUUGAUACCAAUUAGCAUAAUUAAUGAAAAGUCGGUUCGCGCUUUAAACAAGGAAUAUUGUAUUUUCAUGUGGACUCAAUUGCUUAUAGAUGUGUUGACUCAAAUACCACAAACGAAUUAUGGAAAAAUAAUGAUGUUAAGGGAUUGUAAACAACAUUAUGCCAACAGUAAAUACCAGUUACAGAUGAUUGACGAGUUUGAAAGAGAAUAUGAAGCCGACUUUGCUAUUUGGUGGUACACACGUGACUGUUUUUUAUAUAAACAGUUGAAUAAAGCGUUACGUAUGCAAAAUAUUGACGUUAUUUUUAAAUACCGCUUUUUUAUAACAGAUCUUUGUACACAGUUGAAACAGUUAUACAACGAAAAUAUUUCAUCAUUAGAAGAAACCUUGAUUGUCUAUCGUGGACAAACUAUAGGUUGUGACGAAUUAGAAAAGAUUCAACAAAAUAUUAAUGGUCUAAUUUCAAUGAACACAUAUUUAUCAACAACUCGAAAAAAAGAUUUAGCUUUGAUGUAUGCUGGUAAUGGUUCUGAUAGACCGUUGUUUGAAUCCGUAUUGUUUGAAAUUACGAUUAAAAAAAGUAUUUCUACUAAAACUAAACCAUUCGCUGAUAUAACUUAUAUGAGUAGUUUUGGCAUGGGAGAAGAAGAAAUACUAUUAUCAUUGGGAAGCAUAUUCAAGAUUCAGUCAGUUGAACAAUUAGUUGAAAAUGGUAUUGUUUGGCAAGUUAAGUUGAUAUUAAACGAAGCAGUGGUAAAUAAAGAAAUAGACAUGCUAUUUAAUUAUUUGAAAACGAAUUCAACUACAAGUAUAUCAAAUAUUGGUACAUUAGGCUUACUAUUAGGCCAAAUGGGAGAUUAUGUAAAAGCGGAACGAUAUUAUCAAAUGAUGCUUAAUGAAUUACCAAAAGGCCAUUGUGGACGUCCAAUAAUAUUAAAUAAUAUGGGAAUAUUAUACAGCGAUAUGGGUGAUAAUAAAAAAGCAUUGAAAUAUUAUAGAAAAUCGUAUGAAACGUAUAAAAUGCAAAAAGUAUCAGAAAACGAUCUUCUGUUUGCGAAUUUAUAUCAUAAUAUGGGUUCAUUAUAUUAUGAAAACGACGACAAUAAAACAGCAUUGGAAUAUUUUACAAAAGCUUUUGAAAUUUGUCAUAAUAAUCUAACAUUGCCAAGUCUUUUAUUAUGUGCAACACUACAUACAGAUAUGGGUGAAAUAUUUGAUGAUAAUGGAGAUUUUGAUAAGGCAUUAGAUGAGCUGCAGUGUACGCUUGAAAUCCAAUUGAGAAUUCUACCAUCAAAUCAUUUCAGAAUUGCUGCAACAUACAAUAAUAUAGGAGGCUUUUAUCUUGGUAAAGGUGACUAUAAAACAGCGCUACAAAAUUUUGAAAAAGCACUGGAUAUUGGAUCAAAAUCAUUACCAAAUACUCAUGAAAAUAUUCAAACAUAUUCUGAACAUAUAAAAAUUACUGAAAAAAGAAUAAGUCAAAUCAAAUUGAUUCCAAACCAACAUUAUACGAUAAAAGAACUGCUAGGCGAAGAAAUACAAUACCUAAUAAAGAACAAAGAUAAUCAAAGUGAAAUUACUGAUUACUAUCGAAUUCCAAUAGAUGAUCUUUUAAAAGGAACAACUGCAGUCGGUCUCUAUUUUUGUCCAUGUUCAAUUGUUUUAACUCAUCUGCAGUCUAAUCAACAUUUAAUUGAAGUUUAUCGAGAAAUACUAACUAAUGAAGGUGAGAAAAAGAUACCAUUUGAAAUUAUAUUUAUGUCCUAUCAAGAAGAUGAAGAAGAAUUUAAAAAUGUUUUCAAAAUAAUGCCUUGGACAGCUGUAGAAUAUAAAACUGACAAACAACGGGAAUGGAAAAAAGCUAUUGAAGAAUAUCUUGGUACCUAUUUAUUCAUCAAAGCGAAACCGAUAUUAUUUAUUUUAAAAACAUUAACUGGUGAAGUGUUAUCAAAAAAUGGUAUCGAAGUCAUUAAUUCUAUGAAGCUGAAUGCAAUUGAAAUAUGGUGUAAUGGAAAUCGAGUAUUUCAUCCAUCUACAGCUACAGAGGAAAAAAAUUUUAUAUGGAAAUAUGUGCAAUGUGAUGGAUGUAAAAGAGCACCUUUAGUAGGAUUACGUUACAAAUGUCAAGAAUGUCCCGAUUAUGACUUAUGUGAAACGUGUAAAGAAGUAACUGAUCAUAAGCAUCACGAAUUUAUUUUGAUAUCAAAACCAGAAGAGUACUAUUGA